UGAAAGCUGGAGCGACGCUGCGACGACGAUGAUGUCGUUGAUGCCCGUGGUGCGGAGGCGCUUCUUUGGCUCUCCUUCCCUGCCCCUCAGACGUCAUAUCGCUUGACUACUCCAGUCGGUCAUGCGAAAAGAUUGCAGUGUUUCCUGGCCCAUUACGCCUGCUUCAUUGCCAGACCUGUCCUUCCUCACAGACCACUUGCUCGUACCACUCACCCUAUUCGUCUCUUUCAUUCUUCGACCCUCUGCCCUCCGACGAUUCGCCUUCCACUUGUCAGUCCCGUCCCAUCGGUGUUGUGCCGUCUCGUAUGUAAACCCACCAUUGUCGCUCCGGCUCGUUCUAUUCCUCUUUUUUUCCCUUUCUCUCGUUUUGCUUGAUUACAUACUCAUACUCGUCGUUGACCUGACGCGCCUAGGCACUAGCCACACUUAAUCCCUCGGAAGAUACACACAGAUAUACAGAGUAGUAUA